AUGUCAUGGGGAUUAAUGAUUUACUUUCGAAGUGAUUAUAAAUAUAAAAAGAUAAAUCUACCCUUAUAUUCCAAGUUAGAAGCUGUGGCCAUCAGAUUGAAGAAUGGGACUGAAGUAUUCUUUGAUGAGUUGAUUUCUAUGUUGGAGUUUAUUACGAUUGUAAUCAGAUCACAGCUAUGUAAGUGGGAGAGUGGCGUUGACUCAAGUUUGCCCAAGGAACUUGCUCUGUUGAGUAGUGAAAUAAAACAAAUUUCUGACGAUCUGGUGCCUAUGCUGGUGAUUUAUCGUAAACAGACAAAUGCUGCACUUUCAUUUGAUAGUGAGUGUAGAGGUGAGAGGCGAUUCUGUAGGGAGAUAAAAAGAAUCUAUAAGAACUGUCCGAAAAUUGGGCCUCAAAAAGCCACAGAAACAUACAUCGGCUGCUAUCGAGAAGUUCUUGCAGUGAACGCUGGCAUCGUUGACUCUUACGACGGCUGUAAAAUGUUAUGCCGGAAUGAAGUUACGCCCUACAUAGCUUUGCAUGAAGGAAAUGAAUGUUAUUGCGUGGCGAGGGCUAAGUACGCUGUGAAUUCUAAAUUCUGCAAUUUGAAAUGUAAAAGUGGAGAAGAUGGUUGCGGUGGAGAUAAGUACUACUCACUUUUCUCCAUCAAGGCAACGACAGACUACAACCACUCGCUUCUAGAUAUUAAUAUGAACGUUAAAGCUUUUCACGAAUGUCAUUGUGGUUACCUUCAUCAUGAUGAUGCUGACGGAUACCCUUUUCACUUCAAAACGAAAUGCAAUGCUAAAUGUCCUGGAGAUGAUAAACAAAUUUGUGAUUGCAUGGCCAAGUAUUCAAAAAUUCUAUACCAUCUGCUUCAACAUCUAAUAAUAGUUGGUCUGCUCUAUUUAAACUUCUUCAUAAAAAAUCCUCUCAUCUUUUUCUGCUCAACAGUUUCAUGA